AUGCCGUGCGCCGCGCGGCCGCUGCUGCUCGACUACGGCCGCGCGGACGCGGAGGACGUGGCCGCGAUGACGAUGCCCCUGGAGUGCAACGAGCUGGAGGUGGAGACCAGGAUCGCAAGGUUCUUCGGCUCGGAGAUGCAGGGCACGCUGAACUCGCUCCCCAGGCUGGAGCGCAUCCCCCUCGCGUUCGCCGGGAAGGAGCCGCUGCCGGCGGGGGCGACCAGCCUGGACGCGGCGGGCGUGGAGAGCAGCACCUCGUCGACUCCGCGUGCGCGGCCGUGUUCGAGAAGGUCAGGCCCGGCCUGA